AUCAGGGGCUUUCAACAAACAAGAGAUCACAUCUUCUUAGCUUAAACUGGCAUUUUUCAAUAGUGGAGAGAGUUUUGGUCAACAUGGGUGACAGCAGGAAAUCCAAAACUUUGACAUGUGGUAAGGUGAGCAGACAAAAAGAUGUGUAUUCUUACUCCUCCUCCUCACGGAGGCAGGUUAAAUCUAGUAGGAACAGAACGGUGAAAAAGAGGUCUGACUGCCCGACUGAAGAGAAUGGAGCCAUGCCUGAUAUCUGUUUGUCUCCAAGCAACGCACAACUUCAGAAAAUGAUGAAGAAACGACUGUCCUUGGCACCUGUUGCUAAGGAGUUUGUGGACUUCAUACAUGCUGGGGACCACAAAAAUGUGAAACGCAUGAUAAAGGAACGCGUUGUUGAUGUAAACUUACGGGACACAGAGGAUCCUGUCCUGCCGACACCUCUUCUUAUCGCUGCAGAAAUGAAUGAUGAGGAGAUGGUACGGCUGAUGCUGAGGGCCAAACCCAAACCAGCUAACAUCAAUGAUGAGACUACUAAGGGCAAAAGGGCAAUAUGGAUAGCAGCCAAGCAUGGAAAUGUAGAGAUGGUAGAAUAUCUACUUAAUGGGAAAUCACCAUGUGAGGUCAACAUAGUGGACAAGGAGUCAGGUUGUUCCCCGUUGUUCCGAGCUAUUCUCACAGAGUCUGCGGAGGCCUGUCAGCUACUGAUAAAAGCCGGAGCAGAUGUCAACCUUCGUAGACUGUCAUUAGAGAACAGCAACGAGACCCCACUCAUCAAAGCCAUCCAGAUGGACAAUAGAGACAUCUGUCAGAUACUGGUCAACUCUCUGUGUAAGCUUCAGACAAAAACUGACGCUGGUCUGAAUGCUUUGCAUUUUGCUGUGGCAUACUGUCGAUAUGACAUUGUGGAGCUACUCAUGGAAAAUGGAGUCAAGAUCCACGCUAAAAGUAAUGCUGGCAUUACUGCCAUGUCCGUCGCUAUAGAAAACCAUAAUGCUGCCAUGGUGAAAAUUUUACUGAAAAAAGGUUAUAAAGUGGACAAGAAAUACAAAUGGAAGGAAACGCCCCUACAACAAGCUAUCAAACUACACGCUACAGAAAGUGCUCUAACUUUGAUGCAUCAUGGCUGUACAGUCAAAAAAGACAAAGGAUCGUCUUAUAUGCACAUGGCUGUUGAAGAAAAACUUAUACGGAUUAUUAAAUUUUUAAUAGCGCUUAAUCCUUUGUUUUUGAAUGAGGAAUGGCUGCAAAAACAGAUGUGGCCGGUGUCACUCUAUCGACGGCCAGAUAUAUUCAAUUGGCUUCAGAAAGAGGCCGCAACUCCUCGGACUUUAAAACAAUUGUGUCGAGCAAGAAUAUUUAAAUUACUUGGAACUUACGCUCCAGCCAAGGCAAAAGAACUACCUCUACCUGAAACUCUCAGAGAGUAUUUACAGUACAAUGAAUUUGUGAAGGAUGAAUAUUACAAACAAAAGCCCUUGAAUUCCAAAGAGUGUCCGUUUGACUGUCCCGCGAAGUGUUCAUACAGACAUUGUCCACCAAUAGAAGUCUCAGCAUCUGAAUCCGAGUCUGAAUCAGACUCGGAUGUAGAAAUAGAUUCAUCAUAGCCAACAAAUGUCAUACAAAGAAACAACUUAUUUAUUUUAUAACUUAUUUUUAUUUAUAUUUAUAUUUUUUCACAUAAAGACUUUUCCAACCAUAACAUUUGUCCAGCAGAGGGUACCCUGUAUUUCACUUAUCAAUACUUGUAUUUUUACAAAUAAGGCUUUAAGUCUAAUUUAUUUAUCUUAUAGGUAGCGUAAUUGCUUGUUCAGUUUAUUUAAGUCAUCUUCAAAGUCCAACAGUUUUUGUUCUCUAUGUCAUAUCUACUCUGCACCCUUGAGUUUUCUAGAAUCAAAGUUAAAGUAUUUGUCACCUUGCAGAUAAAUCACGUUGACAGGUCUGUAAACUGUUGCACAGUCUGUAUACCUGUGAUCUAAAGCACAGCCUGUAUACCUGUGAUCUAAAGUAAUGUUUGUAUCAAAUAUGAAAAUGGAUUGUGUAACAGCAUAACAGUGUAAUUUACCGCUUGUGAUGAAAGUAAUGUUUCUAUCAAAGAUAAGAAUGGAAUGUGUGACUGUGUAACAGUGUUUUUUACCAGCUGUGACCUCAGAGCAAUUCUCUGUUACUCUACAAGGUGCAGGUAUCACCUGUCUCAUCCUAAGAGUUGUGAUAUUUUUUGUUUCUGAUGACCAUCAGCCUUUGAUUAUUUCAUGAUGAAAUCUACGGGUGCAGAGACGAUAUUUAUAUCGGGAGUGUAAACGUUGGAUUUUGAACAUUUGUACUAUCAAGUUUUAAUAUCACUGGAAAUUUAAAUAUUUGAUAAUCUUUGAGCAGUCGGUGACAGUUUGAAAUUUUCAAGAACUUUUACUAUCUCUAUGUUUUGUCAACCAGAUUUUGAGAAAUUACAUGUUUUGGUAUGUAAUGGCUAAACCUAUUUGAAGUUGAAGUCUGUUACACUUGUACAAUGUAUAUCUACAAUAGAUGACAGGGUAUGUUGAUUCAACAGUCUUAUCAUCUCAUCUCAGGUAGUAGACGUAGGUCAUUUGUGAAAAAAAUAUUGUGUUUUACAAUUGUUUUGAGUAUUUUGUGUAGAUCUUGUAGGAGUGAAACAGUGUUUUAAAGUUUCAUUUUGUGAUAAAGUUAUGUGUUUGAUAGAGGUAUACAUGUGUAAACGUGUUGAAGUAACUACAAAUGUAAGUGGCAUAAUAGAUGGUAGCUUAUAAGCCAAACUAUUUUUUGUGAUUGUUAAUGUUUAGCAUAACUUAACACCCUUUUUCGUAAUUUUAUAUUGUAUACAGUAUUUGCUGUAGAUAUUACUCUUAUUUUGAUGCCACUUUACAUGUGUUUCAAAGAAGUCUGACAGGAUUACCUCCCUUUGAAGUAGUUUCCACUACCAUACAGAAUGUUCCAAGUCUCAAAAAUAAGGCUGAUAUCUUUUAUGAAAAAUGUAUUUGUUAGUAAGAUAACAUGUAAUAUAAUAGUAUGUACAUGUAACAUGCAGGCAUCUAGUAGAACAUUUUCAAUGUAUUUUGUAAUAUAAAUUCAUUAAAAACAGCUGAAAUUUGGUUUAUAGUUCUAAAUGUUGUUAUCAAAGAUUGCUUGGGUGUUAUGUGCGAAGUAUACAUUUUACAGUAUCUGUUUUUCCUAAAAACUUGAGUAGAUGAUUGACCUGUUCAUUAUUAGUUAUUGGUAGGGUAUACGUAUUGCUGGCAAUACUGUAGUUUGUUUUGUAUACAACAUUAUGUCACAUUGUCUCAGCAGUGAGUGAGAUAUCAUUAUUGUGUAACACAAGUCCAGGGCCCAGUUGAUCAAAGAAUGAUUAGCUAUAUAAUACUUAAUAAUAACCUGAAGCAAAAUUUAAAACUAGCAUACUUUCAAAAUAUUGAAAUUCAAAACAUAAAUUGUACGUUUAAGGAUCAAUUUUAUAAUGAUUUUCUAAUGCUAAGAAGCAAAAAAAAGUUCGUAAUUUCUUUUUAGAUAUACUGUUUUUCUUAGAAAUCAAAUUUUAAAAAUGUGUGGUAAUGACUUGUUAAGCUAAUUAUUCUGUGAACGACCAGGCCCAGUUCGUUUUUCAUUAUGUUAUACUAUUUUGUAUGUUUCACUUUUAAGAAAACAUGGCAAAUAAAAAAAUACAA